AUGCAGCACUUAGAAUUCCCCAUCGUGACGUUCUUCAAUGCGGUCCUUCUUCUCGACCCUAUACCUUUCCACUACAAGUCAGGAAACGUCGCCAUGUUGUCCAUGACCAUCUGGCUCUUACUCGUUAACCUCGUCUAUGGGAUCGAUGCAAUCCUUUGGGCCGGUACCGUUCUCAUCAAGGAUAAGGUCUGGUGUGACAUCAGUAACCGUAUCCUGCUCGGCGCCACCGUAGCCCUUCCUACCGCUUGUCUCUGCGUGACCGUACACAUGGAGCAGAUCGCAUCGGUUCGCAGUGUGCUCACUACGCACAAAAGUCGGCGGAGACGCCAAUACUACGAGGCUGCUGCGUGCGUCCUGUUCCCAUGCGUCUUUGUCGCUCUCCAUUACAUCGUUGAAGGCCAUCGUUUCGACAUUCUCGAGGACUUCGGCUGCAGACCGUCCACAUAUACUUCCUGGCCUGCCAUCAUCCUUGUUUGGACGCUGCCGUUGGCCCUCGCUAUAGCGAGCCUUGGCUUCGCGGGCGCCUCUCUUGCCCACUUCAUGCGUCGACGCAUCAGCUUCGCGCACCACCUUCAACAUCGCUCAGCGCUUACGACUACGAAGUACAUGCGCCUCAUUAUGAUGUCCGUCGUUCUCAUGACAUGGACCGUCGCUGUCACCGCCUUCACACUCUACUACAACGUCCCGAGCAUCCGGCCCUGGACGAACUGGGCUGAUGUGCACUCUGACUUUGGUCGCGUCGACCAGUAUCCUCUCGCGUUCCUCCCAGAGACGACCAUCCGUGGCCAGAUUGUUCUCUGGUGGUUCGUGCCUAUAUCAGCGUGGAUCUUCAUCGCAUUCUUUGCCUUCGGGCAAGAAGCCAUGGACCAGUACCGUGCCGUUGGAUCGUGGGUCGCCCAGACUGUACUCCGGCGCAAGGUCCAGGUCGCGAAGCUCAGCGGAACGUCAAACUUCACCAAGCCCACACCGCCACCGCUCGGUUCCUUCGGUGAUAUGUCUAUGAACACCCUCGCAUCGCCAAGCGACAAGAAGCGCCCUUCCGACGCCUCCGAGUCGUUGCCCUCCUCGAAGCUCAGCCCUUCAUCGUUCGAUCACUCCUGGUCAGAGACCGCCUCACAGUACACAUCCACCGCCGGCGACGAGACGUUGUACUCUCCAACAACACCCAUAGAAGGCCCGCCGGGUCUUCCUCAUCUCUCCUAUGCUUCCGGCAAGCCGAACGAUAGCGUCGUUUAG